AUGCCAAUUUUUGUCUUGCUCUUAGGCAGAAUCAUCUGGAAGGAAAGACAACCAUUGAAGAUUUACCUCUCUGUGAUCCCCAUCAUCAUUGGAAUAGCUAUGGCAACGAUAUCAGAGCUGAAUUUUAAUAUGAUCGGAACAAUCGCCGCCUUUGCCUCAACAAUCGGCUUCGCCCUGCAAAACUUAUACACAAAAAAGAGCCUGCGCGACCUCAACAUCCAUCAACACGUUUUGCUUCAACACCUCACUUUCUACGGGUUUUUCAUGCUUCUUACUCUUUGGCUAUUUACUGACAUGCCAAAAAUCAUGGACGCUGACCACAAAAACUUGAGUGUCCACUCAAUUAUCACUCUUCUAUUUAUUUCCGGAGUUUGCUCACUGCUUCAAAAUCUCACUGCAUUUUCUGUAAUGGCUCUGGUCUCAACUGUCAGUUAUUCUGUGGCAAGUGCAACUAAACGAGUCGUCGUUAUUGCUGUCAGCUUGCUGACGCUGAAGAAUCCUGUCAACGCAUUCAACGUUGGUGGAAUGGUGAUGGCCUGCUGCGGCGUUUUUCUGUACAAUCGCGUGAAAACAAAUCUACGAAAGAUCCCUAUUUUACCGACCUUUUCUUCGCCUUCCACGCGAACCGCCUGA